AUGACGACUAAUCACCAGCCAUGGCUCUUAUUUGUUCUGCUUCUAAUCCUGACUUAUUACACACCAUGCUUCUCCAUAGCUGGUGAUACCCUUUCACCAGGUCACUCUCUUUUAGAGAGCGACACCAUCUUAUCUCAAGGUAGCAAAUUUGAGCUCGGUUUCUUCAAACCAGGCACUUCAUCAAAAAUCUACCUGGGCAUAUGGUAUAAAAGGUUUCAUGAGGAAAUUGUUUGGGUAGCAAAUAGAGAAAACCCUUUGUCUCACCCAUCUUCUUCAAGACUUUAUCUCUCAGAAAAUGGCAAUCUACUCCUGUUUGAAGGUUCCUCCGAGAUCCCAGUUUGGUCGACAAAUUUGACAUUUCCCAGGUCAAAUAUUACUGAAGCAGUCCUUGGUGAUGAUGGAAAUUUUGUUUUGAGAGAUAGAUCGAACACGUCUACUAUAUUUUGGGAGAGUUUCGACCAUCCAACCGAUACAUGGCUGCCAGGUGCAAAGCUUGGGAUUGAUAAGGUUACUGGGAAACCACAGCAAGUCAUUUCAUGGAAAAAUUCAGAAGAUCCAUCACCUGGUGUGUUCUCAUUGGGGUUAGACCCAAAUGGAAGCAAUCAAUAUUUCUUAAAGUGGAACAGAUCCCAAAUCUAUUGGAGUUCUGGACUUUGGAAUGCAACAUCUCUCAACUCACUUUCUGAAAUGAGCAUCAUCUUAAACUACACUUUUGUCUCAAGUAAAAAUGAAAGGGAGAGAUAUUUUACUUACUCUCUUCGUAAUCCUUCUACCCUUGCUAGAUAUCGACUUGACCAAACAGGACAGGUUAGGGUACUCGUGUGGUUGACUGGUGUUUCGCUUUGGAGUAUAUUUUUGUCUGCACCGACGAACCUAUCAGAUGUCUACGCUUUGUGUGGUGCAUUUGGCGUGGUACAAUACCCUGAGAAUUUCUCAAACCCUUGUGAGUGUCUAAAAGGUUUCAAACCAUUUUCGAUUGAAGACAAGAGACUAAAUGAUUGGUCAGGCGGUUGUGUGAGGAAUUCUCCUUUGCAAUGUGAGAAUAAUACAUAUGCUAAUGACAAAAAAGAUUGGUUCAUGAAAAUAUCAAACAUGCGAUUGCCUGUUUAUUCGAAAGCAUAUUUGGCCUUGAAUGCCAGCAGAUGUGAAUUGGCUUGCAUGGAAAAUUGUUCUUGCACAGCUUAUGCUUAUAAUAGGAGUGGGUGCAUGAUAUGGGAAGGAGCUCUUAUGAACUUACUGCAACUUCCAUAUGGUGGCAAGAUUGGACAAGAUAUCUAUCUCAGACUUGCUGCUGAUGAGUAUCCAGAUCCAAGUACCAAAGGAGAGAGCAGUUCAAGUAAUAAUCUACUAUUAUUUGAUUUUGAUACUGAACUCCAUGCAAUCAAUGAUGGAAUGAACAUUGAAAAUAAUACGAAGAAACAAGAGAAGAAGGAUGCUGAGUUACCAUUAUUCAGUUAUAAGAGUGUAUUAGCUGCAACAAAUAAUUUCUCAGCUGUGAACAAACUUGGAGAAGGAGGUUUUGGACCUGUCUACAAGGGAAAAUUACUCCGAGGACAAGAAAUUGCAGUGAAAAUGCUUUCGAAAAGAUCUGGACAGGGAAUUGAGGAGUUCAGAAAUGAGACAAUACUAAUUGCAAAACUUCAGCAUAGAAAUCUUGUUAGACUCUUAGGAUGUUGUAUCGAGCAAGAUGAAAAGAUAUUAAUAUAUGAGUACAUGCCCAAUAAAAGUUUGGACUUCUACCUUUUUGAUCCAACCAAGAAAAAGAUGUUAUGCUGGGAGAAACGCAUACAUAUUAUUGAAGGGGUCGCUCAAGGGCUUCUUUAUCUUCAUCAAUAUUCAAGGUUACGAAUCAUACAUAGAGAUCUAAAACCGAGUAAUAUUCUCUUAGAUGGUGAAAUGAAACCAAAAAUAUCAGAUUUUGGCAUGGCUAGAAUAGUUGGAGGCAAUGAAACACAAGCAAACACAAAACGAAUUGUUGGAACUUAUGGGUAUAUGUCUCCUGAAUAUGCUAUCAAGGGUCUCUACUCAAUAAAGUCUGAUGUGUUUAGCUUCGGAGUAUUGCUACUAGAGAUUGUUUGGGAGUUGUGGAGAAAUGGUCGAAGUUUGGAGUUGAUAGAACCAACAACAGGAAAUCCUUCCUCUACUUCUAUUCUAUCAAGAUUCAUUAACAUCGGGCUUCUUUGUGUACAAGAAAGCCCCAUUGAUCGACCUACCAUGGUUGAUGUAGUCUCAUUUAUUAGCAAUGAAUAUGCGCCUCUACCUAUACCAAAGCCUCCAGCUUUUUGCAUAGACCGAAAUACAACGGUUGCCAAUAGAGGGAUGGGUAGCAUGACGACUAAUCACCAGCCAUGGCUCUUAUUUGUUCUGCUUCUAAUCCUGUCUUAUUACACACCAUGCUUCUCCAUAGUUGGUGAUACCCUUUCACCAGGUCACUCUCUUUUAGAGAGCGACACCAUCUUAUCUCAAGGUAGCAAAUUUGAGCUCGGUUUCUUCAAACCAGGCACUUCAUCAAAAAUCUACCUGGGCAUAUGGUAUAAAAGGUUUCAUGAGGAAAUUGUUUGGGUAGCAAAUAGAGAAAACCCUUUGUCUCACCCAUCUUCUUCAAGACUUUAUCUCUCAGAAAAUGGCAAUCUACUCCUGUUUGAAGGUUCCUCCGAGAUCCCAGUUUGGUCGACAAAUUUGACAUUUCCCCGGUCAAAUAUAACUGAAGCAGUCCUUGGUGAUGAUGGAAAUUUUGUUUUGAGAGAUAGAUCGAACACGUCUACUAUAUUUUGGGAGAGUUUCGACCAUCCAACCGAUACAUGGCUGCCAGGUGCAAAGCUUGGGAUUGAUAAGGUUACUGGGAAACCACAGCAAGUCAUUUCAUGGAAAAAUUCAGAAGAUCCAUCACCUGGUGUGUUCUCGUUGGGGUUAGACCCAAAUGGAAGCAAUCAAUAUUUCUUAAAGUGGAACAGAUCCCAAAUCUAUUGGAGUUCUGGACUUUGGAAUGUAACAUCUCUCAACUCACUUUCUGAAAUGAGCAUUAUCUUAAACUACACUUUUGUCUCAAGUAAAAAUGGAAGGGGGAGAUAUUUUACUUACUCUCUUCGUAAUCCUUCUACCCUUGCUAGAUAUCGAAUUGACCAAACAGGACAGGUUAGGGUACUCGUGUGGUUGACUGGCAUUUCGCUUUGGAGUAUAUUUUUGUCUGCACCGACGAACCUAUCAGAUGUCUACGCUUUGUGUGGUGCAUUUGGCGUGGUACAAUACCCUGAGAAUUUCUCAAACCCUUGUGAGUGUCUAAAAGGUUUCAAACCAUUUUCGAUUGAAGACAACAGACUAAAUGAUUGGUCAGGCGGUUGUGUGAGGAAUUCUCCUUUGCAAUGUGAGAAUAAUACGUAUGCUAAUGACAAAAAAGAUUGGUUCAUGAAAAUAUCAAACAUGCGAUUGCCUGUUUAUUCGAAAGCAUAUUUGGCCUUGAAUGCCAGCAGAUGUGAAUUGGCUUGCAUGGAAAAUUGUUCUUGCACAGCUUAUGCUUAUAAUAGGAGUGGGUGCAUGAUAUGGGAAGGAGCUCUUAUGAACUUAAUGCAACUUCCAUAUGGUGGCAAGAUUGGACAAGAUAUCUAUCUCAGACUUGCUGCUGAUGAGUAUCCAAAUCCAAGUACCAAAGGAGAGAGCAGUUCAAGUAAUAAUCUACUAUUAUUUGAUUUUGAUACUGAACUCCAUGCAAUCAAUGAUGGAAUGAACAUCGAAAAUAAUACGAAGAAACAAGAGAAGAAGGAUGCUGAGUUACCAUUAUUCAGUUAUGAGAGUGUAUUAGCUGCAACAAAUAAUUUCUCAGCUGUGAACAAACUUGGAGAAGGAGGUUUUGGACCUGUCUACAAGGGAAAAUUACUCCGAGGACAAGAAAUUGCGGUGAAAAUGCUUUCGAAAAGAUCUGGACAGGGAAUUGAGGAGUUCAGAAAUGAGACAAUACUAAUAGCAAAACUUCAGCAUAGAAAUCUUGUUAGACUCUUAGGAUGUUGUAUCGAGCAAGAUGAAAAGAUAUUAAUAUAUGAGUACAUGCCCAAUAAAAGUUUGGACUUCUACCUUUUUGAUCCAACCAAGAAAAAGAUGUUAGGCUGGGAGAAACGCAUACAUAUUAUUGAAGGGGUCGCUCAAGGGCUUCUUUAUCUUCAUCAAUAUUCAAGGUUACGAAUCAUACAUAGAGAUCUAAAACCGAGUAAUAUUCUCUUGGAUGGUGAAAUGAAACCAAAAAUAUCAGAUUUUGGCAUGGCUAGAAUAGUUGGAGGCAAUGAAACACAAGCAAACACAAAACGAAUUGUUGGAACUUAUGGGUAUAUGUCUCCUGAAUAUGCUAUCAAGGGUCUCUACUCAAUAAAGUCUGAUGUGUUUAGCUUUGGAGUAUUGCUACUAGAGAUUGUGAGUGGCAGAAAGAAUACUGACUUCUCUAACAGUGAUUCACUCAAUCUUCUUAGUUAUGUUUGGGAGUUGUGGAGAAAUGGUCGAAGUUUGGAGUUGACAGAUCCAACAACAGGAAAUCCUUCCUCUACUUCUAUUCUAUCAAGAUUCAUUAACAUCGGGCUUCUUUGUGUACAAGAAAGCCCCAUUGAUCGACCUACCAUGGUUGAUGUAGUCUCAUUUAUUAGCAAUGAAUAUGCGCCUCUACCCAUACCAAAGCCUCCAGCUUUUUGCAUAGACCGAAAUACAACGGUUGCCAAUGUAGAAAAUUGUUCAAGAAACAAUAUAACUGUUUCAAUAAUGGAAGCCCGAUAG